AUAGGUCCCAGUUAUCGUUGGUAAAUGUCCGUGUUUUCUUUUCCCCAGGAGGCAAAGUUCGACAGCUUUUUUGCUUUCAGUUUGACUCGAAUUCCCAAAUAUAAGCGUUUGGUUAAAAGGAUCAGCACCUAUCUUCCCUGAUCAGAGGUUUACAUUUAGUGGACCACAAGUCAUGUCUGGUAUAGCGUUAAGUCGUCUCGCACAAGAACGAAAGGCUUGGCGGAAAGACCAUCCAUUUGGUUUUGUAGCUGUACCAACAAAAAACCCUGAUGGAACUAUGAACUUGAUGAAUUGGGAGUGUGCAAUCCCUGGAAAAAAAGGGACGCCAUGGGAGGGGGGCCUGUUCAAACUUCGGAUGCUCUUCAAGGAUGACUAUCCUUCUUCUCCACCAAAGUGUAAAUUUGAGCCUCCGUUAUUCCAUCCGAAUGUAUAUCCCUCUGGUACUGUAUGUCUAUCAAUUUUAGAGGAAGACAAAGACUGGAGGCCUGCCAUUACAAUCAAGCAGAUUUUGCUAGGAAUCCAAGAACUCCUUAACGAGCCAAAUAUUCAGGACCCUGCACAGGCUGAGGCAUACACAAUUUACUGCCAAAACAGAGUGGAAUAUGAAAAAAGGGUCCGAGCACAAGCAAAAAAGUUUUCACCAUAAACAUAAUUUUUUAUAGUGGGAAAAAGUUUCUCCACUAUAAUGGAAAUGGGCUUUGACCAGGUCUCCUCACCCCAGUUACUUCCCCCUUUUAAAUCAUAUCCAUUUCAUACUAAUUUCCUGCUGGGCAUAAAGAAAUGAAUGUGUUGUGCCAUUUGUCAAUCCACCAGUGCUCAUUCUGACACUCUUUGGGGUUUUAAAUUUUGGCCUUUUGUAUACUGUUUUUGCCAUUUGGGCUAAUCCACAGCAAAGGAGAUCUCACCAGGUUAUGUGAGACUUUUUUUUUUGUGGGUGGGGGGUACUUUGUAACAGUGCAGUGCUCUACAUUUACAAAAGUAAAAAGGCACAAUAAACAUCAUCCACAUUGCAGAAGAAAUAAUAUUCCACAGAUGCAGAGGUAUGAGCCUAAAACUUUUUUUCUUUUUGCUUAAUUUUUUUUUUUUUUCUCAGACUGGCCUACUUUAGUCUUUCAUGAUUUUAAUGAUUUAAAACUUACUAUUAAUGUCAGUAUUUCAACUGCUGUAAAAUAAUACUUUUAUACUUUCUUUACUUUGAAUUAGUCUCUUUAGAGAAAUAUCCAUUCCUGAUGCAGGCAGUGAACUAAGCAUGUACCUUUCAGUUUGCUAGCAUUGUGCUGCCUUGGCCGUCUGUGUACCGUUAAUGAGACUUAAAGUAAAUGGCCUCUGAAUCAAAUGGAAGGCAGGUUAGUUAACUGCUGCAUCAGUCUUUUUGUGUUUAUAUGGUGUUUUGUUCAUGUAAGUGUAUAGAGUAAAUAAAAAUGUUUAUACAAA